GUCUUCGUCGGUGCAGUCCGUCAACAAAAUAAACUGGCAGCAGCGAGAACCAAGAAUUAACCUCUAACAUGGAAGUGUUGCACGACAGAAAACGAUUUUCUAUUCAGACUGUAUAAUAACAAAUGCGCGUGUGCACAAAUCAGAAAGAAAAGAACGCGAUUUCACAUACUCUCGUUUUGCUCUCGUGCUUUCUUUGUCGAAACCACUCGAAACUCUUGGGUCCGUUAGAAGGUUAGGACCUCAUGGAGAUUAACCAUCAUGUAUAUUUGGUACUAUAAAAAACGUUACAUCACAUUCAGCGACGAAUCAAACAAGUUUGUGCCGUAUUUCGGCGCGAACUAACCUCAACCUCAACAUCUCAAAACCGUACCGUGAUGUUGAGAUGGAAUUGAGCGGCGACUGAAACCAAAACAACGGCCGAGACCUUCACAAUUCGCCGUUUUUUAAUGUUUCCAUUUUUGUUGAACAUGAUUUACGAAAAGUGUCAAUAAUUCAAAAUUUAUUGGUGUCAUUACGGACUUAGUAGGAAGAUUUAGGCAACGAAGUCAGAUUUUAGGGUUGGUGUCUAUUUGCGGGCUGCAACGCGAUGUGUUAAUCAGUUUAUUUAUAACAUCGAGUGUGCAGUUCUUCCAGUUGUAUUCAUCGGCGCUAUACUUCCCAACAAUCUUCGCGUACUCAAGAGUAUAUUUUCCAUCAUUUUAAAGUACAAUGUGGAAUUAUUAUCAUUAUUAAGGCUCACUGUCGCCGUACCUUUUCUUGAAACUAAUGAACCAUGGACGAAAUUUGGUUCCGGUUAACCAAUCAGCUGGAAGUACUUCAGGUCGAAGGAUCUGUAGUUCUCCAACAAGGACAACAAUGGAUUUCCACUUUUUUGGAAAAGAUCCACCAAUUCUUAAAGAGUGCUUGCAGCGAAGAAUAUACCAGACAAAUUGCAGAUUUGGCUCGUCAUCUUAUGUAUUGGGUUCAAAGAUUUUGGGAACAGGUGCAAUUCCAAUAUUAUUCUGUACAGUUCAACUCCAGGGCUCUGUAUCAUCAUAUGGGCAAUCUCUGCUUCAGUAACGUAUCACGAAGAGAGGUCGCAUUUUGUAUUGCUGGAUUGGGUAUUGGUACAUUAUUAGGAUAUAAUAUUGGACUACACUGGAGACACAAGCCAAGUCGAGUACAGUAUAUGAGAGCCGUUAUGUGUCAUCAUUACAUAGGAAUUGAGGGUGUUUCCAUGGUAGACGAUGCAGAAGUCCCAACGAUCCAGAGACCGAACGAGCUAUUGAUUCAAGUAAAAGCAGCCUCACUAAACGUUGUUGAUGCCAAAAUAUCCACCGGUUAUUCUCGAGUCUACAGGAAACUCCUGAACUCUGGAUCACAAAAGGAAUUGCCGGUUGUACUCGGCAGAGAUUGUUCUGGCAUUGUAGCUGAAAUUGGUCAGAGUGUUCUGAAUUUUGAUGUUGGUGACGAAGUCUUCCUGGCAAUGCCUUCUUGGGCUUCUGGUACUAUGGCUGAAUACAUAGUAGUUGCGGAAAGCCAAGUUGCCAAACGACCGAAACACAUCAACUUCGAAGCCUGCGCCAGUUUACCUUACAGCGGUUGUCUCGCAUGGGACGCUAUCGUCAACAGAUCUGUCAUUGGAGAAGGAAAUGCCAAAGGAAAACGAAUUUUGGUCUACGGGGGUUGUUCUUCGGUUGGCUGUAUCCUCAUUCAGCUGGCUAAAUUAUGGGGAGCCCAUGUCACGACUAUUUGUAAAUUAGAACUUUCCAGAGUGGUAAAAGCAUUGGGUGCUGACGAUGUAAUUUCAUUGGAAGAAUCGAAUAUCGAGAAAGAGCUUUCUCUUUACGACAAAUAUCAUGCUAUUUUUUACACCGGGGGCUAUUUGAGCAGUGACUUAAUACUCAAGAGACAUUUAUUGCCACAUGGCUCUUUCGUAUCGACUAUGCCCGAAUAUCUGACUUCCGAUUCACUGGGUUUUGUACUCGGUAGCAUUUUCUCGGGCUGCGUUCGUAUCAGACUUUUAUUGCAAUAUAUGUUCGGUCGCAACGGCUAUCAGUGGAUCGAAGGUUCAAGAAUAAAUAGUAAUUAUCUUGAAAUCUUACGAGAGCUCGUCGACGCUGAUCAAUUGCAAAGUUUAGUCGGAGCUGCUUUUCGUCCGAAUCACAUUGAACAAGCACUCCAUCACGUGCUCAGUACCGAUGUCAUUGGUGGUACAAUAAUAAAGUUUCAAUGACGAAACUUCAUCUUCAGCACCGUCCAGUACGGAGUCAUACAACUUUUCACGUGACGUAACGAAACAAUUGGUGCCGAAAUGAAGACUGACACUGUCAUGAUUUUCUAUAACUACGACGUUACUCUUUUUUUCCGAAACGAACAAAACAAGAGUAUUCGACGCUAUGAAGGGUUUUCCAGAGUAAUGGUUAUAAAUCUGAACUUUAGUUCGGAACCGGAAUCAGAGUCAAAAUGCCGGCAAAGUUUUUGCAAUGAGCUCCUUUCCGAAUUUUUAGUUAUUGGAUUUGUCGAAAUCCAUUUCCGAAACGAUUGAAAGUAGAACAAAAAACCAUCCAACGAGUCUGGUAAAACAAAAAUUUUUUAUAAAAAGCCGUUAACGACUAUUUUCUAACCUUUAUCGUUCAUCAGUUGAACAAAUUCGUUGGUACUUUUGCUUUAUGCACGAUACUUGGGUACCAGAUAUUUAUUCUCCGGGUGUGAUCUUUUGAUCCAUGUUGAUUGGACUCGGACUCUGGUAGUAAAUUUGAGUUUCGAUAUAUAAUCAUUGAUUCUUAUCGUCUAAUUUUCCAGAAUAAAAAAAUGACGAUUUUCCGCGAACAAUUAGAUAAUUCAUGUUGAAAAAAUAUUGAGCAGUUUGUGCUCGGCACAAUUGGAAGAAUUUCAUCAAGUCAGUGAAACAAUAAAAAGGAUAUACAAGGUGUAACAAAAAGAUUUAAAAUUCGGCCACGACGCUCAACGCGCUUAGUAUGUAAAAUAUGUAAAAUACAAUUUGAAAAAUGGCCGUAUUAUUUCCUAUUAAUACCGAUUGGGAAAAGUGCCCUUUGCUGUAUUAUAAUUAAUCGACGGGUCUCCGAAAUUAAUGGGCGUUGUUAAGUUUGAUAAAAAAAAACAUACACACAAAUUAUGAAACAAAAAAUGUUUAUAAUCUAUAUUUUAUCGAAUAAAUACAUAAUGAAAAUGA